AUGGGUUGGGCGUGGACUAGCGGCACGACUCGUGAAGAGGCCAAGGCGGCCAUCGACUCUGACGACACAAGUGAAGUGGGAAAGCACGGUUUGGAAGAAGCAGGUGUUGCAGGCAAUCCGGUGAGCCACGCUGAGCCGGGGCAUCUGCCUCACGAAGAGCUGAAGAAGCAGGAGGCCUUGGCGGCCUGCGUGGAGGAGCAUGAGGCUCUCCUGAAGUGUUUCAAAAGUGGGGGUUUCUUCACCAAUUGCACACCAUUCCAAAAGGCGUUCUGGGACUGCUACGUCUCCAAUCGGGGCGUGCGGUCCAACAAGGUGCAGCGCUGGGUGCAGAAGGCCAAGGACAAGGUCAUUGGGCCUCCGGAGUGA